CAUUCUACUAGUAAUCUAAUUCCAACUCCAUAACCAUCAUCUCGCUUCUAAGGCAAGCCAACCAUCUCCCUCUGCCUCUCAAUUCACCCAAGGCAAAAGUCCCCCUCUCACCAUCCCCACCCCCUCCCCCAGCCACUCCUCCACUCCAGUCGAGUCCCAGCGGAGGUCGACUGUUUCUCCCAACUAACAUCGUUAUGAUUGAACAUUACAAUAAUAACCAUCAUUUCAUUCCUCCAACUCACUCCAUCUUUUCACGAGAUCUGAUUUUCUUCCCCUCCUCAUAAAUUCGGAUCCAUCCCCUGAAUGGAUUUGCACUUCUUUUGGUUCUCUAUUUGUGCGGACGUCUGCUGCUGAGCUGAACUCGCCUGUGCUGAUUUUAGCUACUAAUACGAUGGCAUCUAGACAAGGGUCAAAACCCAAGAAAACUUCUCCAAGGCCCGCAGCAACAUUCAGCAACAACUCGCCCACUUCAUCGACGACGUCAUCAUCGCGUCAACAUCUUGAGCCUUCCCUAGACGACCUCAGUUCGCCGGCGUCGUCAUCUGCUCCAAGUAAACCUCAUUACUUUCAAUCAGAAAACCCAUAUCUGGAUGUUGGGAGGUCUAAAGAAAAUGUUACAGUUACCGUGCGGUUUCGUCCACUUAGUCCAAGGGAAAUUCGACAAGGAGAGGAGAUUGCAUGGUACGCUGAUGGGGAUUCUAUCGUGAGGAAUGAACACAAUCCUUCAAUUGCAUACGCAUAUGAUCGAGUAUUUGGCCCUACAACCACAACAAGGCAUGUUUAUGAUGUUGCUGCACAGCAUGCUGUUAGUGGUGCAAUGGAUGGAAUCAAUGGUACAAUAUUUGCAUAUGGUGUUACAAGCAGUGGAAAGACUCACACAAUGCAUGGCGAUCAGAGGUCUCCUGGUAUAAUUCCAUUGGCUGUAAAAGAUGCUUUCAGUAUCAUUCAAGAGACUCCAACUCGGGAGUUUCUCCUUCGUGUCACAUAUUUGGAAAUCUAUAAUGAGGUCAUCAAUGAUUUGUUGAAUCCAGCUGGGCAAAAUUUGAGAAUUAGGGAAGAUUUACAGGGUACCUUUGUUGAAGGAGUCAAGGAAGAAGUUGUACUAUCUCCAGCCCAUGCCCUCUCUCUUAUUGCAGCUGGAGAAGAGCACAGACAUGUGGGGUCAACAAACUUCAAUUUACAAAGUAGUAGAAGCCAUACAAUCUUCACAUUGACCAUAGAGAGUAGCCCAUGUGGUGAAAACUGUGAAGGUGAAGCUGUUAGCUUGUCACAACUGAACUUAAUUGACUUGGCUGGUUCGGAGAGCUCAAGGGUUGAAACAACAGGCAUGCGCAGAAAAGAGGGAUCCUAUAUAAAUAAGAGCUUAUUAACUCUUGGAACUGUUAUCUCAAAAUUGACGGAUGGGAAAUCUACUCACAUACCUUUCAGGGACUCAAAAUUGACUAGGCUUCUCCAAUCAUCUCUCAGCGGUCAUGGGCGUGUAUCUCUAGUCUGCACUGUUACUCCUUCAUCAAGCAACUCUGAGGAGACGCACAACACAUUGAAGUUUGCCCAUCGAGCAAAACAUAUUGAAAUCCAAGCAGCACAAAACAAGAUAAUUGAUGAGAAAUCACUAAUAAAAAAGUACCAAAAUGAAAUUAGCUGCUUGAAGGAAGAGUUGGAACAGCUGAAGAGAGGCAUAGUUACAGUUCCACAUAUGAAAGACCAUGGAGACGGUGAUAUCAUGCGACUAAAACAGAAGCUGGAAGAUGGUCAAGUGCGACUGCAGUCGAGAUUGGAACAGGAAGAAGAAGCUAAAGCUGCUUUAAUGGGAAGAAUACAGAGGCUGACAAAACUAAUUCUUGUAUCUACAAAAUCUUCACAAUCAACGAGAUUUCCCCUGCGCCCAGGACCCAGAAGAAGGCAUUCCUUUGGAGAAGAAGAGCUUGCGUAUCUGCCACAUAGACGGAGAGACCUGAUCUUGGAUGAAGAAAAUAUGGACCUGUAUGUUUCCCUUGAUGGCAGUUCUGACACCAUUGAUGAGAAGUUGAGGGAAGAGAAAAGGACCAAGAAAAAUGGGUUACUUGGUUGGUUAAAGUUACGGAAACGAGAUGCUGGCACAGGGAACUUGGCAAGCUCUAGUGAGAAAUCAAGUGGAGUCAAGUCAGCAAGUAAUCCUUCAACUCCUCAAGCUGAUAGCACUAAUAUUCACACAGACGAAAGACUUUCUCAUUCUUUGCUCACAGAAAGUACUCCUGCCAACUAUUUAUCUGAGUUGAAACAUAAUGACAUAGUGUUCGAGAAUGAGGAUAAUUAUGUGGCAGAAACUCCACUGACCAGCAUAAAGACCAUCGAUGAAAUUGACCUUCUGAGGGAGCAGCAUAAGAUUUUGUCAGGUGAAGUGGCUCUUCAAAUGAGUGCCUUAAAACGAUUAUCUGAGGAGGCUGCACAGAGUCCUGGGAAGGAGCAUAUUCAAGUGGAGAUGAGAAAUUUAAAAGAAGAAAUUCAUAAAAAGAACAAUCAAAUCACAUCACUUGGAAAGCAAAUUGCAGAUUCCAUUACAUAUGGUGAAAAGGAUAAACUGGAAGAAUUGCAACCCAUUGCAGAACUCGUGGCCCAGUUAAAUGAGAAAUCUUUUGAACUUGAGGUUAAAGCUGCUGAUAAUAGGGUAAUCCAGGAGCAGCUGAACAAAAAGGUUUUGGAAUGUGAGGAAUUGCAGGAAACUAUUGCUUCCUUAAGACAGAAGCCAUCCAAUUCGGCUGAACAUAUUAGCUUAAACCAAGUAAGUCAUGAUCUGCAAGGCUUUUCUAAAUCUCUUUCCAAAUCUCCGCAUGGCCAAGAAAAUGCAGUUCGAAUUGAUUCAAAGGACAUAUUGCUUCUGCAAGUUCAGGCAAAUGAAGCAGAAGAACUGAGAAAGAAAUUAGUUGAAUUAUCUGAAUUGAAGGAGGAGCUGGAGCUACGCAACAGCAAACUUGCAGAGGAAAGCUCAUAUGCAAAGGGAUUAGCAUCUGCUGCAGCAGUUGAACUGAAGGCUUUGUCAGAAGAAGUUGCAAAGCUAAUGAACCAAAAUGAAAGAUUAGCUGCUGAGCUGGAAGCCCAGAAAAAGUUUACCUCUCAGCGUCGUACCAACAUUCCCAACAGGAAUGGGCGGAAAGAUGGUUAUGCCAAAAAGCAUGAUCCAAGCAUCAUAUCUUCAGAGGUAAAGAGAGAGUUGGCUCUAAGCAGGGAAAGAGAGCAGGCAUUCGAAGCGGCUCUGGCCGAAAAGGACCAAAUUGAGGCUAAAUUGCAGAGAAAGGUUGAAGACUCCAAACAAAGAGAAGCCUAUCUAGAGAAUGAACUCGCUAACAUGUGGAUACUUGUGGCAAAACUAAAGAAAUCUCAGGGAGUUGAUGAUGUCAAUUGAACAGUAAGGUUGAUAUUAUAAGAUAUCCAGUGAAAUCCAGUUCAUGUUAACAAAAGGAAAAGAAAGGAGAAAAAAAGAAGUUAUUUGGUCUUGUAAUUGGUAGUAGUAAAAAGCUUUUCUUAUGGUUUAUUGGCCAAUGUGAGGUGGCCUGUGAUUAUUGGUUGAUAGGUUUAGCCUGCCUGGCUUCCUCUUUAUAUGGGGUUGUGUUGUGGUGUGAUUGUUAAAAAAAGCUAGUUUGUAAUUCGGAGAUGUAGUAGUUUCACGUAGUCGUGUUGUGUUUGUAUGCCACCAGGAGAUGCGAUUAAGUUGUUUGUGAUUUUGGGAAAUGCAGGUUUUGUAA